GUCUAAUUCAGUGCACAGGAUGGACCUGCUCUGGGGAUGCAUUAGAGUAGAGUUGAGUAGAGCUGCUUACACCAGUUAGCAUGAUCCCAUUGAAAGGAAAAUGGAUACUUUCAGUUUACAAUUGCAGCAACCCACUGGAGGCCUUGACCUCAUCCUCAUGCCAGGCCUUGGGUUUGAUAAAAGCGGCAACAGAUUGGGAAGAGGGAAAGGAUACUAUGAUACCUACCUUGAACGAUGCAUGCAUCAUCCCAAAGGAAAACCUUACACCAUUGCCUUGGCUUACAAGGAACAGAUCUGUGACUCAGUGCCAGUGGCAGAAAAUGAUAUCCAAAUAGAUGAAAUCCUUUAUGAAGAUAGCUAAAAGCAUCUGGAUACCGCUGACUACAAACUGACCAACCAAAGACUUCAUAUCAAGGCACAAACUUGUAAUAGUCAUACAUUAUUUGUGUAGCAAUAAAAUACACUAUUUUUAACCAAAAAAAAAAAAAAAGC